AUGAAACGGAAGUUAAACUCAUACCAGGAGGUCUGUAUCUCCAAGCGCCAGGCAGUCACAAUGGCAUUGCCCAUCCAACUCACUCCAAGUGAAGAGCGCCUUAAACUCCUUCUUCUAGACGUGGCUUCAUUUAUAAAUACGACACGGCCUAGCCCUCGCCCUGUGCAUCUGCGCUGGGCAGGUGGUUGGGUCCGUGAUAAACUUCUUGGCAUUGAGACGCAUGAUAUUGAUGUAGCGAUCAAUUGCAUGACAGGAGAGGAUUUUGGCCGGCAGCUUGGUCAAUUCUGCGAUCUGCCGUCGACAAUUGAGAAGUAUGCGAUAACAAAGAAAGACCUAGGGAAUCUCCACACUAUCAAAGCGAAUCCCGCCAAGUCAAAGAAUCUUGCAACAGCAACUUGCCGCUUGUUCGGCGCGGAGGUUGAUUUCGUCAAUCUACGAAAGGAAGUCUAUACUGAAAAGAGCCGGAAUCCCGAGAUCGAGUUUGGUAGCCCUCAAGAGGAUGCUCUCCGGCGAGAUGCCACAGUUAAUGCACUGUUCUAUAACCUACACACCAGCCAAGUCGAAGAUUUUACGAGUGGCAUUUCAGAUAUGAAGGCUAAGCUCAUCAGAACACCAUUAGAGCCUUUUCAAACCUUUAUGGAUGACCCUCUCCGUGUUUUGAGACUGGUGAGGUUUGCCAGCCGCCUUGGGUUCGCAAUUGACAAGGAGGCUGAGCGGAUGAUGGGGAUUCCCGCGUUCUAG